UUUUUUUUAACAUUUAACGACGUUUUUUAAAACGUCGCAUAUUUGUUCAACAAAACGACAUCGUUUAAUAAUAGGAGGCGUUUGAAACGCCUCCGAAUGUGUUGUGCCUCACGCGCUUGCGCUUGGCCUCCUCUUUUCAAAGCCUAAUUUUGAAUCUCAGACUAAGACCCAACUUUUCGAGCUCUCUCUCUCUCUAAAUCUCAGAACGAUUUCGAAGCUCCACCACUGUCUCUCUUUCUCUCUCUAAAUCUCUCUCUCAACUCUCUCUAAACCCUUAUCAGAGCCAUUCAGAGAUUCAUCUCAGUGAUUUCAUCACAAAGAUUCAGAGCGAUUUCAUCUCAGUGAUUUCAUCGCAGAGAUUCAGAGAUUCAGAUCGGUCUCCACCAUCUGCACCAUCGUCUACAUCAUCAUCUACACCAUCGUCUCCUAAGUUAGCCCCAAUCCAAGAUUGAUCCAUAUGAGGUUAGGGCCCGUGCUAAACAGGUUGUGCAAGAUCAGCGCCGUCUGAAGGUUGCAGCAUCCAUGAAGAAGGGUGUGGAUUCUCAGAUCCCAAACUAUCCAAAUCUUCCCUCAAAGCUGCUAUGCCUCCUUCACAAUGUCACGUUGCAUGCGGAUCUAGAAAUGGACGAAGUAUAUGCUCAGAUGACGCUUCAACCUGUUCCCUCUCCACUCGUUUCCGGGACACAUCUGUUGUUGUGGUUACACUGGAUUCUAGUGAAGUAUAUAUUAUUGUCAGCCUGUCUUCUAGGAGCGACACUCAGGUGAUUUAUGUUGACCCAACAACUGGAGCACUUUGCUAUAAUGAGAAACUGGGUUAUGAUGUUUUCAGCUCUCAAAAUGAAGCUUUAGAUUACGUUACAAAUGGAUCAAAGAGUCUUUGCAGGAGUAUAAUUUAUGCCAGGGCAAUAUUGGGUUAUGCAGCCCUGGGGAGUUUUGGGUUGCUUCUUGUUGCAACGAGGUUGACGUCCAGCAUUCCAAAUUUGCCUGGUGGAGGGUGUGUAUAUACAGUGAUUGAGAGCCAAUGGGUCAAAAUUUCACUUCAAAAUCCUCAACCCCAGGGCAAAGGAGAAAUAAAGAAUGUUCAAGAUUGGCGCAGCUUGAUAUUGAUGGCAAGCAUUACUUUUGUGAAACAAGGGACAUAACUCGGCCUUUUCGAGCCGGAUGCCUUUGCACCAGCCUGAUCAUGAAUUUGUUUGGAAUGGAUGGUUUUCAAUGCCUUUCAAAAAUAUUGGUCUGCCACAGCAUUGUGUCAUUCUUCUACUUCCAGGUUGCAGAAAUCCUUAAGGAUCGGCCUUCGUGGUAUUGCGAUUGCCGAGCUGUGGAUGUUCUAAAUGUGCUGUUCUAAAAAAAAUGUAGAGUGCUCGUUCUAUAAUUAAUUUGCCCAUUAAUAGAUUGUUAAAUUAAGCAUCCCAAGAUAACAAAUGCUUUCCACUUUGUUCUGGAGAGCAAUUGUUAUGAAAUUUCACAUAUUAGCAAGUGAAGUAAAUUAAGAUAAUUGUUGUAUAUAGGUCUAUUAACGCAAGUCUUGCCCAAUCCUUUUCUACUAGUUCGCUGUAUUCAUGUUCUCAUUUCGAGCUUAACAUUUCUUUAUCUGAUCUUGCUGUACACUUUUCCU